UUGCCUGGCGUUCACAUACUCGGGGAGGGCAGUAGAAAGGUGAUCAAUCUUCAUCAGGCUACAUUUCCAAUCACCUAAACAACCGAGCAAGACAGCCACUUCGACAAGGUUUACUGCCAAAGGCCCCGGCUCUUCUCUCUCAUGCGCCUGAAUUAGCUCGUUAUCCGCCUCGGGAGCUGAGUGCAGAGGCCCUGGGCCCACGAACCUACAGAAUCCAUCGGAGCCCCUUCUGACACCUGGGACUGCGCUGUGGGAAUCUCCAGCCGGUGACUGGCCCCCUCUGGAUCCUUUGGGGCCCCUCUACCCGGCUGUUAGCAUGAUGUCUUACCUCAAACAACCCCCCUACGGCAUGAAUGGGCUGGGCCUCGCAGGGCCAGCCAUGGAUCUGCUGCAUCCCUCAGUGGGAUAUCCCGCUACCCCCCGGAAGCAGCGGCGCGAACGAACCACCUUCACACGUUCACAGCUGGAUGUAUUGGAGGCACUUUUUGCCAAGACUCGAUACCCAGACAUCUUCAUGCGGGAGGAGGUGGCUCUUAAAAUCAACUUACCUGAGUCCAGAGUCCAGGUAUGGUUCAAAAACCGACGAGCUAAAUGCCGACAGCAGCAGCAGAGUGGAAGUGGGGCCAAAAGCCGCCCCACCAAGAAAAAGUCUUCCCCUGCUCGGGAAAGCUCAGGCUCUGAAAGUAGCGGCCAGUUCACUCCACCUGCAGUCUCUAGCUCAGCUUCAUCUUCCAGCUCAGCUUCUAAUUCUUCUGGAAACCCUGCAGCGGCGGCAGCAGCAGCAGCGGCUGCUGCCGCUGCUGCAGCCCUUGGAGGAAACCCUGCAGCGGUGGCCGCAGCAGCUGCAGCAUCGUCCCUGAGCACUCCCGCUGCGUCCUCCAUCUGGAGCCCUGCCUCUAUCUCCCCAGGCUCAGGUCCCUCCUCUGUCUCCGUUCCCGAACCUUUGCCAGCACCCAGCAACACAUCCUGCAUGCAACGUUCUGUGGCGGCAGGAGCAGCUUCCGCUGCAGCUGCUUCCUAUCCCAUGUCCUACGGUCAAGGCGGUGGCUACAGCCAGGGUUACCCUGCGCCUUCCUCUUCUUACUUCGGUGGUGUGGACUGUAGCUCCUACCUGGCACCGAUGCACUCCCACCAUCACCCCCAUCAGCUUAGCCCCAUGACCCCCUCAUCCAUGUCUGGCCAUCACCACCACCACCACCCUCACCACCCAUUAAGCCAGUCUUCCAGUCACCACCACCAUCACCACCACCACCACCAUCAGAGUUAUGGCAGCACGGGGCUUGCCUUCAACUCCUCUGAAUGCCUCGAUUACAAGGAGCCUGGGGCCACUGCAGCCUCUUCUGCCUGGAAACUCAACUUCAAUUCACCUGACUGUCUGGACUAUAAGGACCAGGCCUCUUGGAGGUUCCAAGUCUUGUGAGAGAGAGAGAGAAAGAGAGAGAGAAAGAAAGAGGGAGGGAGCCUGAGUGAGAGAGAAGACAGGAGGAGAAGAUCCAGGAAGUGAUUUGCCAAUUCCACCACCUCCCCUCCAGCCCUGCUGCUGCUGCUGCUGCUGCUGCUGCUGCUGUUCCUGUUCCUCCUCUUUCUUUGACCUCUCCAGCAUCGAUAUGCUUCAUUGUUCCAAAAAGCUCCCCAUGCUCUUCGUUGUCUCUCCCCCUUACCCUUUGAAUCUGUAUGCCACCUGCCUCACAGGGAUGUUUAAACUUGCAGCUCUUGCGAGAAGGGACACCUGUCUCCACCUCACUCACCUGUUACCUGCUGGGCAGGAAUUGCUGUUCCCUCGAUGCUCUUGCUAUGCCCCUAAAUCUCCCUUCCAUCCUUUCUGGCCAUGCAACUCCAUACUCCCAGACUUCCGAGACUAUUGGUCCUGACCCACUGUUUGAACUUAAUCAAGUUUAUUUAUUGUCUCUGGACACUGGGAUUAUUAACUGGUGCUUCUACAAUAUGAAGAGGAUUUAGCAGCCACUCCAGCCAAACACCACCACCAACAAAAGUGCAAGUGCAUAGCGGACACAAACUCUCCUUCGACUGCCCUCUCCUAUUCGUUGGUCCCAGGCUGCUGGCAAACGGCUCCCUCUAGUUUCCUCCUCUACUUUGCCGGGGCUGUGGAUUCGAGUUGAGGGCCUGGGAGCCUGGACAUUUCAUGUCUAAGUCAGUGGUUAUGUCUAGUCGAAGUGGUAAAGCUCCGCCUCUCCCCGCCCCUCCCUUCCUCUGGCCAGCAGCACUGGUUUAGGAUUCUGCCGCAGCUGAGCGGUGGGAAUGGUGUAAAUAUUCAGGUCCGUUCCGGGGACCACUUAUUCUUUUUAGUUGCUGUUUAUUGAAUUGAGCCUAUCUUGAGUCUUAACACCCAGGAAACAGAUCUUUAAGAUAUAUACUGCAUAUAUAUAAAUAUAAAUAUAAAUAUAUAUAUAUAAAAGGAAAGCAAAAAUCCCUGUUACCUCCCUUCCUCUUCCCCAAAUGGUGAUGCUUUCAAGUGUCCAGUUAUUACAAUACUAUCUUACCCCUUCCCUUUCUACCCUUUGGUGUAUUUAUUAAAUGAGAAUCAAUGGUUCCAGGGAAGCAGGAUGGGGUGGAGCUUGAGGUCCAGAUGGUGGGAGGGAAACUGAUUUAAGUUUGGGGAGCUCAGACAGGCUGGAAAGAUCUGAGGGGAGGAAAGGGCGGAGGACAGCGGGUUGGCUGGGAACACCUCAGCUAAAACGAGGCUCCCGGUCCCGGGUUAAAGACCAAAAACUAAAACCAAACCAAAAAAAGAAAAGAAAAGAAAAGAAACAAAGAAACAAAGAAAAGAAACCCGACAAGGAAAAACAAACAAACAAACCAGAACCAAAACCUCAGUUCCAAUUCAUCUCUCUCUCUCUUUUAGAAAACUGUUUUGUCUAGUGAAUUUUUAGUGCACCUUCAUUUCUACAAGAAUCUAGCCGAAAGCACUCGGCGCCUGUGUUAUCAGCUCUGGUCUUGGCCGCUUGUCCCUUAGCAGGAAAAGAAAUUUGUAAAUUUGAUUUGUCCGACGUGAAGACCACAAAUUACCUGUUGAAAUGUAAGGCAGUUUCCUUCCCCUCCUCUUUAUCUACAUUAUUCCCCAAUAAUAAAAUUCAAACUAAUGAA